AUGCGUUACCACGUCAAAAACCUAAUCAACAAAGGCUGGGUUUAUGAGGAACGGGAAGUCAGAGACGUGCAGAACACAACUACCCUUCUGGCUCGGAUUACCAUCGCCAAGAUCGUUGACGAACAGCGGCUUGUUGACAUCAUCCGCACUGCUCCUGUGAUCCGAGGCGAUGCCAACUGGCGUUGUCGUACGUGGGUUGCUGAGGUCCUAUCUAGAUUGGCAGAGGAUGGCGCUGCUGUUGGUAGUGCUGCGGAAUUGAACUGGGAAAAGAUCGAGUCGGUAGCUCGUGAGUAUGUCGGCAGGAAAACGGUUGAAGGUAGAUAUGAACGCGGAUCAGACCAAGCCCAAGCCGACGUGGGACAUGCUUCAAGGGCGCGAGACGGCGUCUUGAUUCUGGCGGGUACACAGCGUUGCGUGGUACUGGCUUAA